UGAUCCAGGUGAGAGUGGCCUGCUACAAACAUCGCAAGUCAUGAUUUGUUUGCCCAGGUUGAACACUGACUGCUGAGGAUGGGUCGCGAAAAACCCUGGAGCCCUGGUCAACCAUGUACUGUAUAGUAAAUCACCCGACACCAGGUCGGUCAGCCAGCCAAGGCAUCCUGGUGCCAUGACCCACGGCCAUAAGGAGUUCCAGGCCCGGCAACCGAUUCCCACGGAAGCCGCCUCGGGGCCGGAGAAAGCUGCUCCACCGUCGCCACGGCUGCCGCCAGCGCUACUGCAGGCUCUGGCAGAAGAAAGUGAAUACUCCGAAGAUGAGGAAGAAUUUCGAAAGCGAAGUGAGAAGAAAUUGAAGGAGAUGAUCGCCUCCAACAAGUGGCGGAAGCUUGCUGAAGGCGUGCGUCGCUGGCAGCGGGAGAAAGAGAUGGAUGUCAUUGAGUUGGAGAAUUACCACCUGCAGGAGAAGCUGCGCAAAAUGGAAGACACAUUGAAGAAGGUCGAUUCCGACAGCAGAUGCUUGCAACGCCAGAUCCAGGAAGACAUCCGCGCCCAGAACCGCUACAAGGUCGAACUUCAGCAUGCCCAGCAACAGCUGGAGACCGCUCACAUGGAGACCGAUCUCCAACGGAGUCGUGUGGCGGACCUGAAGGAAAUGAUGGAGCAACUGGAGCUGGAGCUGAGCUUUGCCAAGUUGGACAUGGCGCCCAAGAAGGGUGACAAGGUGCGUGAAGAGCGCGGCGCUAAGAAGCCCCAGCACACUGUCUGAUGCUCCAAGGGUGGGA